AUGAUGGAUGCCUUGACAGGCCAAAAGCAUCCUCAAGACCCCCAGAACUACCCACAGAUGUACGGAAACAAUGCAGCAGCGAGGCCAUACGCCUCAGAAGGCUACCAGACAGGCCAGUACACCCGCCCAGAAGGCCAGGGGCACUAUGAGCCUCGCUAUGAGGAGGGACACGGGAAUUACGGCGCUUCCAAUGGUGGCUUUGGAGGUCACAACAAUGGCCCGGCCAAUGAAUCCAACCAUGGAUACCCUACUGGUGAUGGAGGAUAUGGUGGAACUGUUGGUUAUGGAAAGGAAUAUUCGUCCCACCAGCCUGGUUAUGUUGGACAUGAUGCAUCCGGUGGGUAUUCGAACCAAGUCGAACAUCGGAGGGAGUAUCCCCAGGGUGGCCACAAUGUUCCAGGUAGCUAUGAUGGUCAUGGCGGGUACAGAAAUGGACAUAAUGGCCCAGUUAACUAUGGUGCCUCUCACAACAAUCGUGGUCAUGGUGGCCAUGAAGGAGGGCACGGUCAACAUGGCGGAACCUAUCGCGGUGGUCACUAA